ACGCCUUCACCUGCGAACAAGACGCUUCGAAGGAGCCGCAGUGUUUGGGGACGGACGCAGUGUCGCUGGAAGCUCCCGAGAGGCAGAAUUACUCGCGUUUCCACGGACUGCGGAGAUGGUGUGCGGCGGAUUCAUCUGCACCAAGAACGCGCUCAGCGCCCUCAACAUACUUUACGUGCUGGUCAGUCUGCUGCUGAUUGGAGUGGCGGCCUGGGGGAAAUGGUUCGACCUGGUCUCCAGCAUCAGGGUGGUGGCGGGGGUCAUCGGCGUGGGCAUCUUCCUGUUCCUGGUCGCCUUCGUGGGGCUGUGCGGCGCCCUGAAGCACCACCAGGUUCUGCUCUUCUUCUACAUGAUAAUCCUGUUCACAGUGUUUGUCAUGCAGUUUUCUGUGUCCUGUGCUUGCCUGUCCCUCAAUAAAGAACAACAGAACCACCUGCUGGAGGUCGGCUGGAACCGAUCCGAGGUCACUCAGAGGGACGUAGAAAAAACCCUCAACUGUUGUGGCUUCAAUUCCGUUCCCCUCAACGGCUCCUGUGCCGCCAGUUGCUUUAACGACGUCCCUCCAGAGUGUACGACGUGCUCGAGCACCAUCCAGCAGGCCGCCGGGGAGGUGCUGCGCUUCGUGGGCGGAAUCGGACUCUUCUUCAGCUUCACCGAGAUCCUUGGCGUCUGGCUCGCCUACAGAUACAGAAACCUGAAAGACCCGCGUUCAAACCCCGGAGCCUUUCUUUAACCGCUCUCCACUUGAUAAAGUACUUCUUGUUCCUCUCGACUAAAUCAAUGUUAUCUGGACGUUUGAAGGAAGAAUGUAGUUUUUUCUGCAUAGCCACCAAUGACCAUUAUGACCCUGAUGGUUACAGUUAAAUAGAGAAGGAAUCUUGAGUCUUAACGUGGGCCAAAUGUUAGCAUUGGCUGUAACUAAUGAGAACGUGAGGGCAUUUGCUUAUAAAUACAUCUGAUUUGCUUUUAGUGUUUGAUUAUUUUCAUUGACUGUAUACUGUGCUUGAUGUGAAUAUUGUCUUUCAAGUUUCUUGCUGAGAGCUGGAUCAACUGUUUAUUUCAGUGUAACUUUAUGCCCGUGAGCCUCGUCGGCCUAAUCGGUCUCAAAGUGAGAGGUGUUAAGAUAUCACACACAUGCACUAUGCAAAUAACCGGUGGGUGAGCCAUGAUGGCUGAAUCUAUUGCUCAGUGGAUUUUUGGGGGAUGGGUUUCCUUCACUGCAGGAAGCGUAUUGAAGUAAUUCCUGAUGCAGCCUGUCGUGAAAACCAGGUUUUUGUUAUGUGUAUUUAUUGCUUUGUUUCAUGUGUGACAUCAUCUGUAACCAUGUCAACAGUCUCACGUUCCGUCCACAAAUAAACCUGUAAGGAAAA